AAAAAAUAUGAUAAAAUAAUAGAGAUAAAUAGAUAUGGUGUAUCUGUUUUCUCCUUCUUCGUUCUCUCAUGAUAUUUAUUGUGAUAAAGAAACUAUGUAUAAAAACAAUUUCGAAAGAAUCGAAUAUAAUCGAAUUUUCGAAUAUAAUCGAUAUUUGAAUAUCGAUCAUGGAUAGUGAUCAAUGAAUAAAUAAGCCUUCAAGUAAAUUGCAUCAGAAAAUGGUUUCAUGGAUGACGAUGGAUGCAUUGAACACAACAUUAUGCUCCAGUUGGUGAUCGCAAAUGUACAUCAGGAGAGGAAAAAAUGCGCGAUAACAUUACUGGAUUUGUCUAAUGCCUUUGAGUCAAUGUCACAUCAGACAAUAUUUUGAACUGAAAAUAUGUUAAACUGGACAGGACUAAAUGACUCGAGAAUUAUCACAAUACAACGCCUUUAAACCGGUACGUGACAGACCACGUGAAUCUACGGAUGAAAGACUUCAGUAGUUCUUCGACCGCACGGAAGAAGUAGCCAACUUGUAUUCAACACAAAGUAGGUCUUUUAUUCAAUAUACGGAAAUUUACUUCACAUUAAUAAACGCAACUACAUAGCUCUCCUAAUAACCUUUAAUAUUCAAAAAUCAUCGAAAUUAUUAAUAAAGCAGCUAUUAGCCAUAUAGCCGUUUCAGAGCAUCUAUUGAGUUUCACAUAACGUAAUCGGCGAUAUAAGAACUAGAUAUAAUGAACAACAAUAUAAACCAAGUCGAUUAUUUGUACCAUGUGAGCAAAAAAACCACAUACCAUGUGAUGUGAUUUGUACAUUUAUUCUAUCAUGCAUCUCAUUCCACCUGAAGAAUGGAAUAGUCUGAAGGAAGUCAUUAAUGAUACUGGACAAGCAGAUCAAAGCAACCGGUAAAAUAUGGCUCAAUCUUCGGCAAAAGCGAAAAUAUGUCUCAAUCACUAAAUGAGGAAUAAAUGUGCUAUCAAUCAACGUCCUAACAGAUUAUCUCAUAGCUCUCACGGCUAUCCAGCAGUCUAAGCCCACUUUUGAUUAUCAUACUCCUCAAAAGUGUAAUUAUAAUAUGAAAGUUAAAUUAUAAUAUAAGUGUAACAGAUGUUGCAUGGUAGCAUGAAGGUGGAACUUUCGAACGAGUCCAUAGAAAUCAUUAACAAAUAGACCCGCCUAAGUAAUGUGACUAAAAAAUUAUCUUGUAGGAUGAAUGUCCACUAGUCAACGUCAUCAAAGCCUCAACAACAAACUCCUCAAUCCAGGCUUCUCUCCAAAACACGAUCCACAGAUAUUAUCGUAAUCAACUACUUGCUAAAUCGGACCAGAGAAAGAUAUACGAGGUCAUGUUAGCAGCAACUCUACUGAAUCACUUUGUUCGAAAUGGGAGCUUUUGCUGAUUUGCAGACCGGUGUUUCAUUCACCGCAUCUAUCUUGACUGUCUGCUGCUGAAAUGAGACUUGACGCUUGAAAAUAAUAACAAGAAAUGCCGGAAAUGUAAUGUGAUUAAUGAGAAAUACUGUUACACGUGAUCUCACCAUUACAAAUCUAAUCUAGUCGCUGUCAUAAAACAGUACAAUGCCGUUCUAAAUUGAAUAAUAAAGGCCUUUAAUACUUUUAAACAAACAAUAAAAACAAUGAUAAAAAUUAAUUAAACGUCAUUAAGAUUUGCAAAAGAUAAUAUGAUCUCGUUUUCAUUCAGCGAGAGAUUACAGAAGAUCGACAUUACAUCCCCAUUUGAGAACCGCUACGCCGCAUUAGAGACAGCUCGUUAAUUGAAUAAAAAAGAAUAUGAAAUGGUAACUAACAAUUUCCAGCAGCAAGCUUUCAAGAUAAAACUGAAAAGCUUCAUCGUCGGUGCAUUAAGCAGCUGGAUUCCCUACAAUAAAAUAAUCUUACUGACAGUGGGGAUCAACAUGUCCUAUAUCAGGCUAAUGAGGAAACUAAUGUGCAAUGAAGCCAUAGAGUGGAGCUGUGAUAUCGAUAUCGAGCACGUAACUGGUAAAGAGAUAAUAUUAAAAUAAAAAAAGGAGAAACUCACAGAUACUCCUAGCGAUCAGAGCUAUGAAAAACCAUAAACAGGACUGAAUAUGUUAGAAGAUUCAAGAAAUGACGGUAUUGUAAAGAUGGCCAGUGAAGAUGCUUCGAUGAUUGGCUACGUCAUCGAUAUUCGCUGAGCGCAUUCAUUGGUCAGCGAAUCGUUAUGUGAUUGGUCAAUAUGCAUUGGUAUACCUUCUGGUAACUGUAUGUUUAUUCUUCCUGGCACCUUCAAUGCUCUGCUACAAAACAGAUGAAUUGAGGUUAGAUCAGUUAGACGAUUUACGAAUUUGUGUAUGAUGUAUUUCUCGUUUUAACACUGUGUCGUCCGGCGAUACCACAGUGGUGUCGUGCGCAAAAUAACAGUCAACAGCCGGUGACACCACUGUGGUGUCGUGCGCAAAAUAGCGGCUAACACUUUAGUAUCUUUUUCAUUCUAUUGGUGUUUUGUUUAGGUAACAAUAAGUUACAUACGUCAACAAGUUUUUUGUUUUUAUAAAUACUUAUACCCUUUCAUCAUGGCAGACGAAAGAAACGAUACGAUUAUUUACGAUGAAUGCGCGGACGUCUUGUCUGAUGUUCCGGACGAUUGGGAAGAAGACAAUGGAUAUCAAAAAAAUGAAAGUGAAGCAGAAUCGUCGGAAGAUAGAGAAAUACCUACAAGAAGAAUUCGGCAAACGCUACAAUUGCCAACUGAUUCAGAUGAAUCAGACGAAGAAGACAGUGCACAGUGGUCAGACUUUGAUUUACCGAGGACCAAUAAUAAAUUUGAAGGAUCUCCGGGUCCAAACAUAUUUCCCAAAGAUACACAGAGCGUCGAGGAUAUCGUAGAAUUAUAUAUUGGGAACGAUCUAUUUGAAUAUAUUAGCAAUGAAACCAACAAGUACUACAGUCAAAAUUGCAAUAGAAGGAAACUGAAUAAAAAAAAUGCCAAAUUUGUGGACGUUACGGCAUCCGAACUUAGAAAAUGGUUUGGGCUUGCUAUACUUAUGGGUAUUAUAAAAAAAUCAAGGAUCGAUGAUUAUUGGUCAACGAAUCCGUUGAUAGACACACCGAUAUUUCACAAAACGAUGUCCCGCAACCGAUUCAGACAAAUAUUAUCAUUUUUACAUUUUUCCGACAACAACAAUAAACCGGAUAAUGCCAAUCGGCUUUUCAAAGUGCAAUUCGUAAUUGAUUAUUUUUCCAAAAAGUUUAAAGAAAAUUUUAAUUUAAGUCAAAACAUCUCAAUUGAUGAAGGAAUAAUACCGUGGCGUGGACGGUUAAAUUUUAAAGUUUACAAUCCGUCGAAAAUUACGAAAUAUGGCAUACUCAUUCGGAUGCUGUGUGAUUCGAUUACGGGAUAUAUUUCCUCAUUCAAGAUAUACUCCGACGUUGGACAGCCUUUAGCUAAAACAAUGAUAGAAUUAUUAGCACCUUCUUAUGGAAAGUGGCAUCACCUCUACAUGGAUAAUUAUUAUAAUAGUGUAGAACUUGCAGGGAAUUUACUUGAAAAGAAAAUCCGAGUUUGUGGAACGAUACGACAAAAUAGAGGAUUUCCGGAAAAAUUAAAGCGCGUAAAUGUCAAUGUAUUUGAAGCUUGUCAUCAACGGAAAGGUGAAGUACUCGCACUGGUAUGGAGAGCUUCGCAAACUAAAAUGAUACGAAUGAUCUCUACAAUACAUAAUGCCACUUUAACUAACACUCAAACAAAAUGUAGAAAAACCAAUUACACAAUAAAAAAACCUGAAAGUGUUUUAGACUACAACAAAUAUAUGAAAAAAGGGGAUCGGGCAGACCAAUAUUUGAAUUAUUACCCUAUAUACAGAAAAACUAUAAAAUGGUCAAAAAAGGUUUGCAUGUACCUCUUUAAUUGCGCAUUAUUUAAUGCAUUUCAUACAUAUCAAUAUUUUAAUACAGAACACAAAAGUCUCCGAUUUCACGACUUUUUAUUGAAAGUGUCUGAUUCGUGGAUAAAAUACCAUGUACCUGCUUCUGAGCAAAACUUGGAGGUUGCUAUUACAUCGCGUAAGUCUCAUUAUGAUCCGGUUGACAGACUUUCUGGUCACAUAAAGCAACACCAACUAGUACUUAUUUCCGAAACGAAUAAACGAAAACGAAGAAACUGCCACGUAUGUUCCAAAAAUAAAAAAAGAAGAAUAACAAACUUAAUGUGCAAGUCUUGUGGAGUUGCGUUACAUCUUGGAGACUGUUUUGCUGCAUACCAUACGAAAGAAAAAUACUAAGUACCAAAGAAAAUGCAAAUAAACAAAUAUAUAUAACAAACAAAUUUUGUAUUUAUUUAAGUAUGUAUAUCUUCGAAAUUUCAUGAAAGUAGGGGAACAGGGUUGAGAAUUUAUGAGAACUAACGAUGAGAUUAGUAAAACUUAAUAAUUUAUAAUCUCCCGAUAAUGUCAAAAACGGCCGGCGACAAGCUAAAUAAUCCGAAUUAGCGCUGCCGGCGCCAAGCGAAUAAAUUUUUACGAGACGUGCGGACGGCAAAGUGUUAAUAUAU